AUUGCGCAUGCUGGCUACCCAAUGGAUCGGGGAAGAGACCGGGAGGGGGAGUGAGAGGAGUGAGAAUGCUGUGCUUCCGGGGCUUCUAGGGGGCGCCCGAGACACACCCGGGGGUCUUUAUAGGGGCGCCAGGGACUUGAUAGAGGUAGAAGAGCAGGCAGCCAUUGGGCCCAAGCAAGCCUGGGAUGAGCCAUCGCGGCCCUUAGGCACCAAAGCGUCUGAAACGAAUGAUGGUGCCAGCUGGACACGGAGAAGAAGCUUGGGUGGGGCCAGCAGGCACAGAGAGGGUGAUUUGGGCGUGGCAAUGCCUGCUGGGUUCCCGUUAGUGCCUGCCAGAGUAGGAACCUCCAGGGUGACAGGGAGAGCCUGGGGCUAUUAACUGUGACAACUGGACACUAGGGUGUCGAGGCAAUGCCCACCAGACAGUAGGGACCCCCAGGGUGAUGGGACGAAACAACCAGACACUAAAAGCCUGGGGUUGACAGUGCCAGCUGGGAACUGAGAUGACUGGAUAAUGCCCACCAGACAAUAGGGAUCCCCAGGAUGCUUUGCAGAGUCUGAGGUUAUUGACAGUGCCAGCUAGACCCUAGGAAUGAUGCCAUCCUUUCCAGAGCAGAACUUCCUCCGGGCAGAUACAUACAUUUCAGUGUUCCCUAACCACCCUCUUCUUCCCCCUUAAGGGCAGGAAGCAGUAAUGAAAAGGGGUGUGUCAGUCUCUGAAGGCCUUUCCUUGGCCCAAAGGGCAUGUUAAUAACCAUGGAGCCAAUCUGUUAUUGAGGUGCCAGCUGAGCUCUAUCCUUUCCUCUAGGCCUCCCCAGCAUCUGGGCAGAUUAGACUGGCUGUUGCCCUGGGAGCCUGGUGUCUCCGCCUACUGCUUGAAUUUCUUACUGAGGUCACUCUAGGACUGAGAAGAGAAAGGGGGGGGGGGGGAAGAGGGCAGGGAGGUGGCGGAGGUGAUAGGGCUAGGGGAGGAGAAACUGCUGUAAAAGUCCAACCCUAGUGUUUCCCUGCCCCACAACUCCUUCGAGAACUGACUGCCCAGAGGCUUCAUCAAUGGCUUCCAAGCGCAAGGCAGCUUCUGCAAGCACUAAAAGUCCCAAGACAAAGAAGGAGAAACCAGCAACAGAAGAUAACUUCCACUUGGCCAAAGAGGCCCUUAAAGCUGCGCCCAAGGAGGCACGAAAAGCUCAGGUGGACUCCUUGUGUCCGCUCAGCAAUAACCCAGAUGUCCAGGUGUACGAGGACUAUGACUGCACCCUGAACCAGACCAACAUAGGAAAUAACAAUAACAAAUUCUAUCUCAUCCAGCUGUUGGAUGAAGGUGGUCAGUACCAGUGCUGGAACCGCUGGGGUCGAGUGGGAGAGGUCGGCCAGUCCAAGCUAAAACCUUUCUCCUCCUUGGAUGACGCGAAGAAAGAUUUUGAGAAGAAGUUCCAGGAAAAAACCAAGAACCGAUGGGCUGAUCGGGACAACUUUGUGGCCCACCAGGGCAAGUAUACGCUUAUCGAAGUGCAGGCUGACGAUGGCCAGGAGGGCCAGGAAGGCACCGUCAAGGUGGAGAGUGUGGAUGGCGUCCAAGCUGUCGAGCAGAUCGUCAAGCCGUGCACCCUGGAUCCAGCCACCCAGAAGCUGGUGGAGCUCAUCUUCAGCAGCGACAUGUUCAAAGAUGCGAUGAAGUGCAUGAACCUUGAUAUCAGGAAGAUGCCGCUGGGCAAGCUGAGCAAGAAGCAGAUUGCCAAGGGCUUUGAGGCCUUGGAGGCCCUGGAGGAUGCCCUGCAGAAGGGCGCCCAGGAAGGACAGCUGGAGGAGCUCUCCUCCCGCUUCUACACAAUCAUCCCCCACAACUUUGGCAGGGCCAAGCCCCCGUGCAUCUGCUCUCAGGAGAUCCUUCAGACCAAGAAGGACAUGCUGUUGGUCCUGGCCGACAUCGAACUGGCCAAGUCCCUGCAGGCAGCAGGGGAAGAUGAAAAGAAGGCGAAGGUGGAGGAAGUGCCUCACCCCCUGGACCGUGAUUAUCAGCUCUUGAAAUGCCAGCUGCAGCCGCUGGCAACGGACACCCAUGAGUACAAGCUGAUUCAGACCUACGUGGAGAAGACAGGCUGGUCCCAUCUCCGCAUUCUCCAUGUCUGGAAAGUGAAUCGAGAGGGGGAGGGAGAUCGCUUCCAGGCCCAUGCCCAGAUAGGGAACCGGCGGCUGCUGUGGCAUGGAACCAAUGUAGCCGUGGUGGCGGCUAUCCUCAAGAGUGGCCUCCGCAUCAUGCCCCACUCGGGUGGGCGUGUGGGGAAGGGGAUCUACUUUGCUUCUGAGAACAGCAAGUCAGCUUCUUAUGUGGGCUGCACGUCCCAAAAGAUCGGCCUCAUGUUCCUGAGUGAGGUGGUUCUGGGCCAGGUGCACCACAUUACUGGGGAUGACCCUUCCCUCAGGGAGCCUCCAUCAGGCUAUCACAGUGUCAUUGCUCGGGGCCGCACAGAGCCAGACCCCUCCCAGGACGUGGAGCUGGAGCUGGAAGGGCACAAGGUGGUGGUGCCCCAAGGCCCGCCCGUGAUCCUGCCCAGCUUUCAAGAGUCCUCGUUCUGGCAGAGCGAGUAUCUGAUCUACCAGGAGAGCCAGUGCCGGCUCCGCUACUUGCUGCAGCUGCAUUUCUGAGGGGCCAGGGGGCCCUUUCGCCCUGCUCCCAGCCUGGGUGCAGGGCCUGCGCCUCGCUUGCAAAGAGAACAGGGUGAAAGCCUCUGGGGCUGCCCGUCGGCGGCCCUCCUCUCCCUCUGCUUGUGUCUCCCUCUCUGGAGCAUCAGAAGUGGAUGGUAUCCUGGGCGGCUGGCAGCUGUGCCCAGGGCUGGGAGGGGGCCGAGGGUUACAGUGGGAAGAUUCCUGGAGCCUUUGGCUCCAAGCCCCCCUCCACGACCGCCUGUAGGAGCGCACAAGUCGUGCCCCCUCCCAGAGCUUCGGCUUCCUUGGCUGUAAAGUGUGCGCCUGGGGGGCAGUUAGGCAUUAAAGUCUGUGGGUGCCGCUCUCA